CUGGGUUACUGAAUCAUUGGAGUCCACGCCCAAAUGUCUCGGCUGUUCAAGCUCUAUCUCCUCUCCUACAAUUCUCUUCUAGCUCUCGGAUGGACAUUAUCUCUCUUCAAAAUUUUGAGCAACUUUAGCUUAACUAAAUCAGUCAGUGGAACUUAUGCUUCCGCUGGAGAAUUAAUAUGUUUCCUGCAAACAAUUGCAUUCUUGGAGGUUAUUCAUGGAGCUAUAGGGAUUGUUCCUAGUGGAGUACUAUUUCCUCUGAUGCAGUGGGGUGGAAGGACUCAUUUUCUGUUAGCCGUUGUUCGAGGUAUUAACGAGGUCCAGAAACUGCCAUCUGUUUUCAUUACUUUUGUUGCUUGGAGUUUAUCUGAGGUGAUCAGAUACUUACAUUAUGCCAUUAAUAGCACUGGAAAUCCUCCUUAUUGGAUCACUUACCUCAGGUACACUGCAUUCAUUGUGUUGUAUCCCAUUGGAGUUGCUCCGGGUGAAAUGUGGCUCAUGUACCAAGCACUUCCUUUCAUAAAGGCAAAAAAUUUAUAUGCAGAUUUCUUUGCUUUCCUCCCUUUCAGCUACUACACAUUUGUUGUGAUUCUGCUCAUCUUCUAUCCAUUUCUGUGGCUGAAACUGUACCUUCACUUGUUCAAGCAGAGAUCGUCAAAACUCCUUAACCAGCAUAAAAAGAAGAAAAUUUGAAUGCCUACAAGCUACAAUGAAGGCUGUUAAGCUUGACUGCUAAAGCAUGGAAAACUGAAUCAGCAGAAUGCAUACGCAUUUUUCUAGAGUUAAAAGGCCCCUGCUUCCUUGUAUUUGCAUUCCUGAAGAAGGCAUUAUACCGGCUAUUGCCUCUAUUCAUGUUUAUCUUUCUCAGUUUUCUCUUACUGUUUUUUAGCUUUUGUCCAUCUUUUUGUGUUUGUGUUUAUGAAUUUUAAAUUUCUGUCUUUCCCUUUGCAUCUAUGUUGUACAUAUAUGAAGCAGAUGUAAUGGAUGUCCAACAUAGGUUCUUCCAUGAUAAGUGGACGCUUGCUUUACUUGACAAA